CCGUGCGUCCCCCCGGUCCCACCCCCGGGGCACCGGGAGCGGCGGAGGAUGCCGUACCUGCUGAUCAGCACCCAGAUCCGCAUGGAGGUGGGUCCCACCAUGGUGGGGGAUGAGCACUCAGAUCCCGGCCUGAUGACCUUCCUGGGGGCCACCAAGAGGAACAUGAUGGGCAACCACUUCUGGGAGUACUACGUGAACGAUGCCCCUCGGGUGGUGCUGGACAAGCUGGAGAGCUGUGGCUACCGGGUGGUCAGCAUGACGGGCGUGGGACAGACCCUGGUCUGGUGCCUGCACAAGGAGCACUGAGGGGGGGACUUCAGGGUCCCUCCUGGACAAGACCCUGCCGAGGAUCAUCUCCCACAGGACUCGUGGCAAACUUUUCCCCUUGAUUCCUUUCUGUCCCAGGCUCCGGGUGUGGGGGGGAGGAGGCAAAACUCGACCCGGUGUAAACUCAGCAGCCCCCAGGGUGGAGGGGAGGAAGGGAGCAGAUGGCUCCAUCUCUGCAUCCCUCUGCACAGCAGGCUGGCAAAUGCCCUCUCUUCCCAUUUUAAUCACCUCUUCAGCAUGCACUGGAGGAAGUUCACAGAACAGCCAGGUCUGCCUGCUCCUCGGGGCUGCCCCGGGGAGCUCUGGGCUGUGUCUUCUCCUGGGUGGGGGGGACAGGGGAAGGAUGUGCAGGGCUGCCAGGACACCUCAUCCCCAAAACGUGAGCAGGAGCUGCUGAGCCUGCAGAGUGCUCCCUGAGAGAUGGGGAUUCUGAGUUUCUCUCCCAGCUGGGAUUGUGCUCAGCAGCAGCAGCAGCAGUGUGGCUCACUCACAGGUUACACACAGGUUACACACUGCUCCUGACACGGCCCUAUAAAGUCUUGUGAACAUUUCAGGCAGAGGCUCUGUCACCUCAACAGCAGCUGUUGCAGUGCUGGAGUGUUUGGAGUGUCCAUCCCCCCUGCUGCAGAGGUACCACCAUCAAUAAACACUUCUCCAGACA